AGCAGGUAGGCGUCUGGACGUCGUUGUCCACUUGUAAAUUGGCUCAAACGAGUAGGGUCAGCCCUUCCGUGAUAAUGUAAUUCUGGCCGUUCCAUACAGACUAAUUCCCACCAUGACCAAGCUGAUGCGAAAUGUGUUUCUGGUUUGCGUAUGGCCGCAGAUGCAUGCCCUCCUCGUUGGGAAUAGCGUUUCGACGCCGAAGUUUUAUAUGAUGGAUCGCAGCCUCGACGAAAUGUAUACAAACGGAUUUCAGAGCCACCCAGCCCGAGUUGGCACUUUGGACGAAGCGGAUUUCGCUGUCACUUGUUGUUUCAACGGGCGUUCACUUCAAAAGUUUGCCAGCUUACCCCGGCGGUCUAAGGCAAAACCUUACUUGGUCAUUGUUCGUGGAUUGCGUUUGGAUAGAUGCUCGAAAGAGGAUAAUUGCGAAUCCGCAAGGGAGUUGAUCGAACAGCGUGACGAUUUCAUGUAUGUAAACUUUGAUCUGCGGGACCAUAACUGCAAGGAUGAUGACGCGCCGCCGUUACGAGGAGUGACAAUGACGCCCCCGAAGUGGUACGAUGGCUCCCCAUUGUCUGCGCUCCAGGAUCCCAAGUAUUUCAUGACGUUCCGUGGCAGGCUGACGGACGGGUCUUGGAUGGGCUUCGUGAGCCAGCAUGUGCGAGCGCAGCUCCAGAAAGCGUUCGCCGACUUCAGGUCUGACGGCGUUGUCGUGGAGUUGUUCGACCGGAAGCACAAGUACAAGCCCGAGGACAGAGUGACGUACAACGAGAUGCUGAACACCUCGUACGCCCUGGUGCCCCACGGCGACGGCCGGUGGAACUACCGCUUCUCGGAGGUGGUCGGCGCGUGCGCCAUCCCCGUGGUCAUCGCCGACGGGCUCACCCUGCCCUUCGAGGAGCUCAUCGAUUGGAGGGGUGCCGCCGUGUUCCUGCAGGAGGAGACGUGGGCGAGGAGCGGCAGCCUCGCGAGGAGCACCGGGGCCGGGGCGGCGGGCCAGACGUCACCGCCGGACGCCAGCUUCUUGCUGAGCCAGCUGCCUCGGGAUCCUGCCCAGAUCCGCAAGAUGCGGCAACGGGUGUGCGAGAUCAACGACAAGUACUUCGCGACCGCGGAGAAGAGAAUCACCGCCCUGUUGCAGUCUGCGGCGAUCCGUGCACUGCAGUGAACGGAGCCCUCCUUUGGCCAGAACGCUCUCUGAAGCACGUACGUCUGCAAACGCAUCCGAGCAGGCGCAUCAGAAUCGGCCGCAGCCAUCUCUGCAUGUUCGCCCUCGGAUUUCAUUUCUGAAUGUCAUGAGGGUGGGCCCGCGGGCGCGUCCAGUGAAUGGCCGGCCCCAGCUACCAAGGGACGAGCGCGCCAGCGGAGUUUAGCCUUGCUGGCCCAGUAACCCUGAUGGAAAAGCAGGCUAGUUUGUUCCAGGGGUCCGAGAAAGGAGCGAGGAGGAGGACAGAAGGGAGA